GGCCAUUCGUGCGGUUGCAACUCAAGAAGCCAACGACCGCACGGCUCAGAAGACGAAUAGGCACACGAUGUUACAAGGAUUCAGCUAUUUUCUCAAAGUGGAUCAGUUUAGGAAAAGAUUCGUGCAAAUGAUGGUUCCAUCUUCAAGCUUGGAUUUAUGGAAAAACAGCCAACCACCCAAAUCAGUUGCCGAGCGGAUACGACCCCAUAGCUGAAACCAGAGGAACAACGCGGAAUAUGGAACGUCUCCAAAUUAAUUUUGUUCGAGUUUUAUUCUUUCCGGUUAUACUAUUGAACAAAUUUUGCCUCCUGGAAAAACAGUAUGAGAGGUCAGUGGUUCCUCAAGCGGCGGCUCGCGCAGUGGCCAGAAUGGACGGAGACAUUAUCAUUGGAGCCCUUUUCUCCGUUCACCACCAGCCCUCCGCCGAGAAGGUGGCCGAGAGAAAAUGUGGGGAGGUGAGGGAACAGUACGGAAUUCAGAGGGUGGAGGCGAUGUUCCACGCUUUGGACCUGAUCAAUUCAGACCCUGAUCUCUUACCCAACAUCACCCUGGGUUGCGAAAUCCGGGACUCCUGCUGGCACUCUUCAGUUGCUUUGGAACAAAGUAUCGAGUUCAUAAGGGACUCGCUCAUAUCCAUUAGGGACGACAAGGACGGAUCUAAGUGGUGCAUCGACGGGCCGCCUUCGAAUCAACCUCCUGCAACAAAGAAACCAAUCGCCGGCGUUAUUGGACCAGGUUCGAGUUCGGUGGCGAUACAAGUUCAAAACUUACUGCAACUAUUCAAUAUACCCCAGAUUGCUUACUCUGCCACCAGUAUUGACUUGAGUGACAAAACACUCUUCAAAUACUUCCUGAGAGUCGUGCCCUCCGACACACUUCAAGCCAGGGCCCUUUUGGAUAUUGUCAAACGCUACAACUGGACGUACGUGUCUGCCGUGCACACAGAGGGAAACUAUGGGGAGAGCGGGAUGGAGGCAUUCAAGGAGCUGGCUGCUCAGGAGGGCCUGUGCAUCGCUCACUCGGACAAGAUCUACAGCAACGCCGGGGAGAAGCACUUCGACCGGCUCCUGCGGAAGCUGCGGGAGCGGCUUCCCAAGGCCAGGGUAGUGGUGUGCUUCUGCGAGGGCAUGACCGUGCGUGGCCUGCUCAUGGCCAUGCGCCGGCUCGGCGUGGCCGGCGAGUUCCUGCUCAUCGGAAGUGACGGCUGGGCGGACAGAGAUGAGGUGGUGGAGGGCUAUGAGGAGGAGGCUGUGGGUGGCAUCACUGUAAAACUACAGUCAGCCGAAGUCACCUCCUUCAACGACUACUUCCUGAAACUCCGUCUGGACACCAACACCAGGAACCCGUGGUUUGCAGAGUUCUGGCAGCACCGUUUCCAGUGCCGACUUCCAGGACACCCACAGGAAAACACAAACUUUCGAAAAAACUGCUCAGGGUAUGAGAACCUAGAAGAGAACUAUGUUCAGGACAGCAAGAUGGGCUUUGUCAUCAAUGCCAUCUAUGCCAUGGCCCACGGUCUGCACGACAUGCACCGCGAGCUUUGCCCUGGGCAUGAGGGCUUAUGCGACGCCAUGGACCCAGUGGAUGGCAGAAAACUGCUGGAAUUCCUGCUCAAGACCUCCUUUGCUGGCGUGUCUGGAGAGGAGGUGUGGUUUGAUGAGAACGGGGACACACCCGGCAGGUAUGACAUCAUGAACCUGCAGUAUGUGGAGAAUGAUCAGUAUGACUACAUAAAAGUAGGCUUCUGGCAUGAGGGCAUGCUCACCAUUGACGACAAUGCCCUCCAGAUGAACCGCAGCGAGAUGGUCCACUCUGUCUGCAGUGAGCCUUGCUCCAGGGGCCAGAUCAAGGUGAUCAGAAAAGGGGAGGUGAGCUGCUGUUGGAUCUGCACUGCGUGCAAGGACAACGAGAUUGUUCAGGACGAGUUCACUUGCAAGGCCUGUGACCUCGGCUGGUGGCCUGACAAGGAGUUGGAAGGCUGUGAGCCCAUCCCCUUGAAGUACCUGCAGUGGAGUGACCCAGAGUCCAUUGUGGCUGUCGUAUUCUCCUGCCUGGGCAUCCUGGUGACCAUGUUUGUCACUUUCAUAUUCAUACUGUACCGCGAUACCCCCGUGGUCAAGUCCUCAAGCCGCGAGCUCUGCUAUAUCAUACUGGCAGGUAUUUUCCUGGGCUACCUCUGCCCCUUCACCCUCUUAGCCCGGCCCACCGUGGUCUCCUGCUACCUGCAGCGCCUCCUGGUGGGCCUCUCAGCUGCCAUGUGCUACUCCGCCCUGGUGACCAAGACCAACCGCAUUGCCCGGAUCCUGGCAGGCAGCAAAAAGAAGAUCUGCACCAGAAAGCCGCGAUUCAUGAGCGCCUGGGCCCAGGUGGUCAUUGCCUCCAUCCUGAUCGGCCUCCAGCUCACCUUGGAGGUCACACUCAUUGUCCUGGAGCCACCCGAACCCGUAAGGGCCUACCCCAGCAUCAGAGAGGUCUUCCUCAUCUGCAACACCAGCAACGUGGGGGUGGUGGCACCCCUGGGCUAUAACGGCCUGCUCAUCCUCAGCUGCACCUACUAUGCCUUCAAGACCAGGAACGUCCCAGCUAACUUCAAUGAGGCCAAGUACAUUGCCUUCACCAUGUACACCACCUGCAUCAUCUGGCUGGCCUUCGUGCCCAUCUACUUUGGCAGCAACUACAAGAUCAUCACCACCUCUUUCUCGGUCAGCCUUAGCGUGACGGUUGCGCUGGGCUGCAUGUUCACUCCCAAGAUGUACAUAAUCAUUGCCAAGCCGGAGCGGAACGUGCGGAGCGCCUUCACCACCUCCGACGUAGUGCGCAUGCACGUUGGCGACGGGAAGAUCACAUGCCGGACCAACGGCUUGCUCAACAUGUUCCGCAGGAAGAAGAAUACCUCAGGAAACAGCAGUUCUAAUGGAAAGUCUGUGUCCUGGUCUGAAGCAGGUGGGAAACAGCCUCCUCAGGGGGAACAAAUGUGGAACAGGCUGUCUGUGCAUGUGAGGAGGCCGGAGACAGGCUCAAAUCAGACGGCAGUCAUCAAGCCCCUCACUGAAACGCAACACAACACAGCCCCGCACUAUUCUGACCUCACUGAGACCCUGCCUGGCACAGGCCAGGCCUAUUCGGACUUCCCUGAUGGCCAGUGCAGUGGGGACCUGCACUAUUCUGACCUGCCCAACACCCAGAAUGAGGCAGGCCUGCUCUUUUCGGACUUUGAUGACACCCAGCCUGACACAAGCCUGCAGUAUUCUGACCUCAGCCCGAAAACACUGUACAGUGUGGCCGAGGACGACAAGGGCGAAGGCCCUGGGUACAGUCGGCCCAUCAGCCCCCCUCUCCUGGUGCCCCACCUCCGCCCCGGCAGUGCCUCUGCAAAGGAGGGAGGGGAGAGGCUGCUGAUGUUUUCGCCUGACCUUUUCCAAAAUAGCAUGUUCUCACAGCACAUUGUCAUGGACCACCUCCAGGGGGCGGUGGACACCUUCGGAUCUGCAAUCCCACACCUCCAGGACGUGAUCCCCCUCCAGGGCCUCGGAGGCGGGGGCAACCCCACCCACCAGCCCCGCCUCCUCCUCCCCUUGGGCCUGCCCCUACAGGCAGCCCACAUUAACGAAGAGCCAAUCACCCCCUCUGAGGAACUGGAGGGAGGAGGGUUUGGCCUGGACCAUGGGUAUGUGUUUGACAGUGCUCAGAUUCAUCAGGAGGAAGAGGAGGAGGAGGAGCGGCCACGUGGUACCAGGCUCACCCUGGAAGACUCCCCUGCCCUAAUGCCCCCUACCCCAUUCAGAGAUUCCCUUGGCUCUGGCACUUUUGCCCCCAGCUCUCCUGUGUCUGAAUCUGUGCUCUGCACACCCCCAAGCCUGACCUACGCUGCAGUCAUCCUGAGAGACUACAAGCAAAGCUCCUCCACGCUGUGAGGGCCCAUGAUGAGUUUACAGUUCUCUUAUGCAGUCAUUUCGAAUCGUGUUGAAGGCCUGCCAGCAAUGGCCAAAAAGGACAAAACAAUUCCUCAAAAGCAAAUUGAAUGUCCUUCCACAGUUAUUGCCAUCUGCCACCCUACUUUUCAUAAAUUAUAAAACACAAAAAAAAGAAACAAUGCACUUUCUUAACACCAAGAGAAGGUUGAAAAGGAAGUGGGUGCUCUCGCUGAUCCACCUGCUCAUCCAGAUCCGCCAGGUAGACCAUGAGAUGGGCAGUUUCAGAACAAAAGUACAGCCCUCUGUGUGGUGAAUGAAAACAAAAAAGCACUGCCUCUCAGAGUGGAUUAAUCUAUGCCCUAUGCCUGCUGCGAGGGGUGUUUAACCACAAUGUAAUGAUCAGUCUUGCAAGAGGCACUAUAUUAAAAAUGGCUGUCAGUGCUGUUAUCAAUUCAGACCUUGGUCAAUGUAAGUACAAGCACUUAAAUGCUGCAUCAUCAUGGAAACUAAAAUAUAACCUUUUAAAGGGCACUCUGGGGUCUUCUCUAAGAAAAAAAUAGCUUCGUUAUAUGCUUAACAAUAACCUGUAUAUAAGAUCAGAGCUUAAAAUCUAUAAAAUGUUUUGUGACAAGUAUGUAAAACAUGCAUGAUUAGAACAACUUGAGUGAGCAUCCUUUCAGUCCACAACCUUAUCUUUUCUGUUAUAACAGGCCUUGAUUAAACCAACCGCAGAAUCUCAAGAUGGUGAGUACAGUUUCAGGACCCGAGUGAUUUCUUGAAAGGCAACUAAAGCCCUAUUCGCACGGGACUAGUAUUACCUGGGGACCUCGAGUAACUUGUAAUAAUUGCAGAGGUCGUCUGUGAUCUUAAUCCCGUGUGAAUCUGCCAUGUCUGUAAUUUGUAAAGUAAAAAUUCCACCGCAAAUUACCUACCAUAUUUCGCCAAACACAGAGGUCAUGUGAUAAUAUUAGUCCCGUGCGAAUCAGCAUCUCGGUGAUUUGGGGUCGUAUUUUACCAUUACGCAGAGCAGAGCCUUGACAUUUUCAAUAAUAUCUGGGGGGAUAAUGUCAGUAAAUUCAAGUAAAAUACAGACUUUGCUUAUCCCGUGCGAAUGCGCCGCACGAAACAAUUUCUAAAUCAUAUGAGGUCCCCAGGUAAUACUAGUCCCGUGACAAUAAUACCUCAAUGGGAAUACGUCUUUAUACCAAUAAAACAGGAAUGCUCUAUGUUCAUUUGUAGUAUAUUUUGUUAUUCCACAGGAAGUAUAAAAUGAGUGUAGUAAGUGCACUUGGGGUCUCGGGCUGUAUUUAGUUUUGCUUCUUGUUAUAGGUUCAAUAUUUGUGUUAUUACACAACAAUAAAAUUGCUUUUUAAACAAUAAUUUUCAGAUUGGCUAGCAAGCUUUUUUGCAUUGAAUAUUAUCACCCAUGCAACCAGAAGUAAUGUCACUGUCUUAAAAAACUAAUUUGCCCCAUGGAAGAUACACAUUUAUAUACUUCUGUAAUGUUUCAGUAAAGUAAAAAGACGACAUAAAAACUUAAGGAUAUAGAAAUCUCUUUAAAUCUCCUUGGUAUAUGGUCAGAGCCAAUAUAAUCAGCCUCAAUAUUCUUCUCCUUAUUCUCACACCAAAUACUCACCAGACAUUUUUGUGCAUGAUUCCUCAUGCCCUACAGCGAUCUCAAAGCUGUCGGAUAAAAAAUGAUUUUUAAUAGGGGGUUAAAUAUGUCCAUUUACUCUAAUUGAAAGCUCCAGUUGUUAUUUUAGCUGGCUUGCAUCAACUAAGAUGACUGUCCAAGAGUCAUGCAUGUGAUUAUAUAUGUAAAUUAUUUAUUUUCUUUCUUUUUUUUUUACCAGGCUUCCCCUCUAAAAUGUAAGGUUUUCAUAUUGUCUCAGGAAAAGUAUUCAGAUGGAGUGCACUGAGUCAGUGGUUGCUUACACAGCAGGCAGUUAGUUGCCAGUUGCAUAAACUAUAUAGAUUGUAUAGUACAAACAACCACAUCCCUGGGUCUUAUUUUCUCCUAGAACCACCCUAAGUGCCCUUUAAUAUGUUAUAUUACCAAGAACCAGAGGUGUGACAUCCUUGCCUAAGUAAAAGCCUCAUUCCAUACACAAUUCUGGUCCAGUGCUCCUUCAUGUUUAUCAAAUGCCUGUCAAAUACACUGAUUUAAAUGUCUCAUGAUCAACAGCACUGAAGAGUUUCUCAUGAAAAGACAUUUAUUACAACCAUGGGAAAAGACUUGAUAUGUCAUAACUGGUCAUAUUAAAACGUAUGGUUAGUGUCAUAAUGUAUGCAGUGUUCAUUUUAAAGCAGUUAUUUUUAAUCUGUUUCAUAAAAUUUGCUCUAUACUUUGAGUGUUCUAAACGGCCAUAACUCGUUGUUAUAUGACAUGUCCUGUUUACAGUUCAGCUCAUAAGCAGAAAUAAGCAGUCUCCUAUCCAGUGUUGUCAAGUCAGAUUGUAAAAAGUGUCUUAGGGGCUUGUUUUUCUGUGAACUGACCUGCAUGAUUUUGGGCUUUUUGUUAACACACUGUUGCUUGUCAGAGACAGACAAACCACUGAAAAUGUGAAAGGUUUUAAAUGGAAAUGACUACGGAUUGUUAUGAAACCCUGUGGCUCGACCC